AUGGACACACAAGCAGGAAUAUCUCAGAAGGACAUCUAAUGUUAUCCCCGGAUUGUGACAUAAAAGAUGACAGUAGACAGGAUUCUCCAGGAGCUACUCCCAUUACCCCAAUUAUACAUCCAGCUCUAUCAGCUGAUCCCUCUGAUCCUGGGAAAUGUUCUCCUGAUCACUCUGAUAUUGGUGCAUCUGUUACAGCUCUGACAGUAGAUACAGUGUUUCUGUGUUCUAUAGAUGCCAAAUGUUUUACACAGAACACAAAGCUUAUUACCCAUCAGCCUGCUAAGGCAAAUGAGAAGCAAUUUCAUUGUUCUGAGUGUGGAAAAUGUUUUACAUAUAAAUCAGGUCUUGUUACACAUGAGAGAAUACAUACAGGUGAGAAACCAUAUUCCUGUUCUGAGUGUGGGAAAUGUUUUACCCAGAAAUCACAACUUAUUACACAUCAGCGAAGUCACACAGGUGACAGGCCAUUUCCAUGUCCUGAGUGUGGGAAAUGUUUUGCACAGAAAUCAGAUCUUGUUAGUCAUAACAGAAGUCACACAGGUGAGAAGCCAUUUUCAUGUUCUGAGUGUGGGAAAUGUUUUACUUGGAAAUCACAACUUGUUACACAUCUGCGAAGUCACACAGGUGAAAAUCCAUUUCCAUGUUCUGAGUGUGGGAAAUGUUUUACAUAUAAAUCACAUCUUGUAAUACAUAAGAGAAUACAUACAGGUGAGAAACCAUAUUCCUGUUCUGAGUGUGGGAACUGUUUUACAUACAAAUCAACUCUUGAUGCACAUAAGAGAAGUCACACAGGUACAUCACCAUUUCCAUGUUCUGAGUGUGGGAAAUAUUUUGCACAGAAAUCACAACUUGCUAGACAUCAGAGAAGUCACACAGGUGAGAAGCCAUUUCCAUGUCCUGAGUGUGGUAAAUGUUUUGCACAAAAUUCAGAUCUUGUUAGUCAUAACAGAAGUCACACAGGCGAGAAUCCAAUUUCUUGCUCUGAGUGUGGGAAAUGUUUUGCCUGGAAAUCACAACUUGUUAAACAUCAGAGAAGUCACACAGGUGAGAAGCCAUUUCCAUGUACUGAGUGUGGUAAAUGUUUUGCACAAAAUUCAGAUCUUGUUAGUCAUAACAGAAGUCACACAGGUGAGAAUCCAAUUUCCUGCUCUGAGUGUGGGAAAUGUUUUGCCCGGAAAUCACAACUUGUUAUACAUCACAGAAGUCACACAGGUGAGAAGCCAUUUUCUUGCUCUGAGUGUGGGAAAUGUUUUGCCCGGAAAUCAGAUAUUGUUAGACAUCAGCGAAGUCACACAGGUGCGAGGCCAUUUCCAUGUUCUGACUGUGGAAAAUGUUUUGCACACAAAUCACAUCUUGUUAUUCAUCAGAGAAAUCACACAGGUGAGAAGCCUUUUUCUUGCUCUGAGUGCACGAAAAGUUAUACUCAGAAAUCAGAACUUGUUACACAUCAGAGAAAUCACACAGGUGAGAAGCCAUUUCCAUGUCCUGAGUGUGGGAAAUGUUUUGCACACAAAAGAGAUCUUUUUAAACAUGAGAAAAGUCACACAGGUGAGAAGCCAUUUUCUUGCUCUGAGUGUGGGAAAUGUUUUACACAGAAAUCACAUCUUGUUACACAUCAGCAAAGUCACACAGGUGAGAAUCCAUUUCCAUGCUCUAAGUGUGGGAAAUGUUUUGCACUCAAAUCAGCUCUUGUUGUACAUCACAGAAGUCACACAGGUGAGAAGCCAUUUCCAUGUUCUGAGUGUGGGAAAUGUUUUACACACAAAUCACAAUUUGUUACACACCAGAGAAGACACACAGGUGAGAAGCCAUUUUAAUCUUCUGGAGUAUACUCAUCAUUGCCAUGCGUUGUUCUUCAAGGUUCUUAUCGUAUCUCCUAUGCUUUUUGUAAUAUACAUGCUACUGCAUGGUGAAAUAAUCAGAUGUCAUGCCCUCAUCUACCACUGCUAUGCAGAUGAUCUGUCUUUUGCUCCAGAUACUGAGAACCCAGUCCCAAUCCGAAAUGGUUGUCUAGAUGAGCUCCAGGUGUGGGUGAUGCCAGUUGGCUGUGACUCAGUCCUGGUGAAACAGGUCCAUAUGGUAGAAGCUCACCAACAAAGGACAGGGCUACAGCUCAGCUUUGCAAACCAACCAGACUUACACUUGGAGGUUUCAGAGUUACAAAAUGCUGAUCCUGUGCAGAAUCUUGGUGUCCUGGAUUGUGGAGUGACACUUAGACAUCAGGUAUCAGCCACAAUCAGAUCCUCAUCUGAGGAACAUAGCCAGACUCCAGUACUUAUUUCCCUCAGAAGAUCUACCUACAGUCAUACAUGUACUUGUAUCAUCACGCACAGACUACUGCAAUGUCCUCUACCUGGGUCUCCCAGCAAAAGAAUUACAGAGCUUGUAGCUUGUACAGAAUGCAGCAGCCAGGCUGUUACCUAACCAGCCCGUUUCUGCCACAUAACACCCAUUCUCUGCUCCCUUCACUGGCUGCCUGUAAGAUGAUGACUCGGAGCCUAAUUCAGGUUUGAUCGCAGUGUGUGGUCCAAACGGAAUUAUUGAAAAAAAGUUGCGGGCGCAUCCACUGCACCCAUCCCGUGCAUGCACCUGCAUUUUCUGCAGAGGACGCAGAAAAUGUGAUUGCCUGUUAGGCAGAGGCAGUCACGGGGAUGGGCGGGCAAUGCUCCAUUUCUAGGGAGGAGACGGAUCGGUGCGGGGGCAGUGUGGCGCGAACGGAGGACAGAGAUGGGCAUGAUCACGGCUGUGUGACUUCACAUGCAGCCGCCAUGAUCAAGAAAAAUGCAGCGGGCCUCCUGCGCAAGCAGCGGCAGCAGGAGGCUUCACUAAUUUCUACGAUAAAGCAGAAAUUGUGAGGCAAUCGCAAUUUCUGCUUCAUCAAGGGGGUAGGCGGUGGUCAGCAUGCAAGGUGGCCUUGCGAUGGGCGGCCCCUAGCACGCUAGGAAAAGGAUUGCUAAUUAGCAGCAUCUGCUAUCCUUACUGAAUUUAGACCCUCUAUUAAGUAAUCUUACUGACUCCCAGCCUUGCAUGACCAUGAUACCAGAUGCAGCUGCUGCCUCCGUACUGCCUGGGUUUCUUCCAUCUGUUGAUGGACUGUUAGCAGUACCAUAAAUUCCCAAGCAGUGCUAAGAUGUCAGGGGAAACAGGGUGGGUGGCAGUAGCGGGGGGCUACUGGAGGCAAUGUCUAUGUGGGUAAUAUUGUCCCCAAGCAGUGCAGAGGAGGGAGACAGGGCAGGGGGCAGUAGUAGAAGCUGCUGGAGGCAAUGUCUAUGAGGUUAAACGUCCCCAAGCAUGGCUGAGGAGGGAGACAGGGUGGGUGGCAGUAGUGGGAGCUGCUGGAGGCAAUGUCUAUGUGGGUAAACGUCCCCAAGCAGGGCUGAGGAGGGAGACAGGGCAGCGGGCAGUAGUAGGAGCUGUUGGAGGCAAUGUGUAUGUGGGUAAACGUCCCCAAGCAGGGCUGAGGAGGGAGACAGGGUGGGUGGCAGUAGUGGGAGCUGCUGGAGGCAAUGUCUAUGUGGGUAAACAUCUGCAAGCAGGGCUGAGGUGUCAGCGGGGAGACAGGGCAGGUGGCAGUAGUAAGGUAGACACGGGUGGAUGGCA